AAUACGGACUACGGAGCCGGAGCCGGGUGUGAAUUUAUGGUGACGAAAUUUUAACUUUUUGACUCGGUAAUUAAUGUUUAAUAAAAUACAGAGGAUGUAAUUAAUUAUUAUCUUUGUUGUGAAACAAAGAUAAUAAUUAUGGACACAUCCAAGAGCAGUGAAACAAUCAAUCGUUUGCUGAAUCAACACGAUAAAAAGCAACUACGUGUCCUUUUAAAAAGUGAAGAAAUAUAUAGCUGCCGAAUCUGUACAAGAGGAUAUUUGAAAAAUGUUGACUAUAAGAAGCAUAUAUUGUUACAUAUAACAAGUGCCUUUAUUAAAUUAAGAAAGCAAAAAAUAUAUAGAUGCAAAUUAUGUCCAGCUGGCUUUCGUAAAAGUGAUGAAAAAAAUUUACACUUACUUGAUCAUGCUAAGGAAAGUUUUAUGAAAAAUCGUAAGGAAAAAGAAAUUGCAGAUAAACAUUAUUAUAACAAAAAUAUAGUUAGAAAACAUGAAUGUCCGGAUUGUUGUAGGAAAUUUACCUCUAUUAAUGUACUGGAAGAACAUUCAAAGCUGCAUAAGCCAUUUCCAUAUCCAUGCUUCUGUGGUAUUGCAUACCUAAGAGAAGUUGAUUUUAAAGGCCACCAAAAGCUUAUCCAUGGUAAUAACAAUAACCAGUUAAUAACAAAAACUGUUAAGGAAGAAGCAGCCAAAAACACGCCAAUAGUAAAAACAAAAUCAAUUAAACAUAUUGCUAAGAAAAUCAAGAUAAAAAUAAAACAUGAUACAAAUGUAAAUGUGGAGUGUUCAGUUUGUUGUAAAAUUGUUAAAAAAUAUUAUCUACCUCGUCAUAUGGAUAUACAUUCAGAUAAUAAGGCAUUUAAAUGUAAUAUUUGUGAUCAAAGUUUUCGGCAAAAUAGUGGCUUGUACAACCACAUGUCCGUACAUAAACCGAGACAUGAACUUCCCUGCCAGUAUUGUGACAAAGUGUUUAAAUUCAAACACAAUUUGAUUAACCAUUUAAACACACACACUGGUGCAAAACCUCAUGUGUGUAAGUUUUGUAAUAAACCAUUUGCCGAUCAAUCUGCUUUAGUGAGGCAUGAACGAAUUCAUACAAAGGAAUAUAAAUAUUUUUGUGAUAUAUGUGACAAAAAAUUUACAGAUAAAAGUGGUUUAAUUGGGCAUAGAAUAGGACACGGUGAAAAACAAUAUGAUUGUGAGAUAUGUAAUAAGUCAUUUCUUACCAAAUAUAAUUUAAUGAAACAUUUAAUAAUUCAUACUGAAGUAAAGAAAUUUGAAUGCGACUUUUGUAAUAGUAAGUUUACAUUGAAACAAUAUCUUUUUCUGCAUAUAAAAACAUGUAAGAUCAGAAAAGCACAAUCAAAGGAAUAAUAUUUUAAGGAAACUUGUGGAGUGUCUCUCUUUGAACACCGAAAUAGUAACCAAUGGAGAGUCUGAAUUUGGCUACAAAUAUUUUCAGCAAGAUUUACCUCAUUUCUUUGUUUCAAAAUAAAUUUACUGAUUAAAAUAUUUUAAUUA